AUGCAACGUGGUGGAAGUAUCCUUUACCAGGCAUCGGGUUUUCGAUGUCGAUCUGGAACAAACCGACUUCGAACUCUCGCAACUUCUUCAACAAGAGAUGCCACAAAAGAGUCGUCCUAUCGAGUGUGGCAAGUCCCUCCUUCGUUGGGCGACGGUGACCCAGAAAGCAACGGUGGUAUUUUGUUCGAGAGAGAUGCGUCCAACAAAUGGAGGCACUUGCCGAAAAAGUCUGACACUUCAUUUGAUGUCAUGGAGCUAUCGAAACAAGCUAUGGCGCACUUUCUGCCUGCACAAUAUCCGAAAAGCGUAGCUCCUGGAUACUUCAAGUUUGUAUCCUAUUACUUCAUAGCUUCUGUAGCUGGCAGUGCAUCGAUGGUACUGUCGACACAGACUCUACUCUUGGCAGUCGGAGUCGCAGGUGCGAAUGCACAUCAGGCUGGAAUUAUGGCAGGAGCCUUUAACUGGGUGAUGAAGGAUUUUGCUGGACAGGUUGGCGGUGUUUUAUUCGCCAGUCAAAUGGGGAAAACGAAAUCAUUCGAUACGGAUCCAAAACGAUGGAGGAUGGUUUCUGCAAUGACUCUUGACGGUGCGACGCUCCUAGAGAUUCUUUCUCCUCUAUUUCACGCCUCCUUGGUGUUGCCAGUGGCAAGUGUUGCAAAUGUUGGGAAGAACAUUGGCUUCCUAACCGCAAGUGCAAGUAAAGCUGCCAUUCACAACUCGUUGGCGAUUCAGGGAAACUUGGGAGACGUUACUGCAAAAGCUGGUUCGCAGGCCAUUGUGGCUAGUUUGAUGGGUACAACUCUUGGUAUUGGAAUGUCGUCAUUUUUGGGGCACGAUACGUUCAAAUUUAGCCUCGGAUUCUGUGUGCUGGCUGCAGUACAUCAAGGAUGCAACUAUUUUAGCCUGAAAGAAGUUCCACUGUCUCAUUUCAAUCGACAGCGGCUGCACCUAGUGCUGAAACACUAUAUUGAAGAAGGCGAGAUUCUUUCACCCAAAACAGUAGCGGUUCAAGAAGAAUUCCUCCCUCUCCCGUGGGCAAACAAACCGUGGGCUUGGUUGUCUAUUGGUAGCCCGAUAACAAGUGUGUGUCCAGACCCUGAGGACUGGAAUGCGAUCCUGCAAUCCACACCCAGCGAAAAGUAUGUUCUUCGUCACUCUUCCGAUCGAAUUCACCUUGUAUUUCUUUCAGAAGCAAGCGGGGAAGAUAUAAUACGGGCUGUGUUUCAUGCACAUCAGCUGGAAAAUCUCAAACCGAGGGCUCCAAUUGGAACCGCUAGAGUGGAAGAGAGCUAUCAACUGACGCUGGAGCAUUUUCCAAUUCUUCUGGACAAACUCGAAGAAUCAGGGUGGAAGACUGCAACUGAAUCUAUCUCUGUUGAAUCGAGCAAAAGCUACCGAGUUCACGUACCGUAG